AUGGAGGAAAAAGACCUGCUGAAGGAACGUCUCCAGGCUAUCACGGACAAAAGGAGAAUCCAGGAGUACAUUGCCAAGAAAAGAAGAGAAAUAGAGGAAGAAAAACUUAAACUCCAAUACAUAAAGAAAAAAGCACUCAGGGAGCAAUGGCUGAUGGACGGUUUGUGUCAGCAAUCAGAGGAGGAGCAGGAGGCAAUGAGGCUUCAGGCUGAGGAUGAAAAGCAACAGAGCGAUCAGCUGCAGAGCAAUAUCGACAGGAUAGAAAAAGAGAUUGUGGCCUUAGAAACAGAGGAGCAAAACAUCUCUGCCAAUGAGGAAUUUAUUCUGAAGCGAUUAAAAGAAGUGGAGAAGACACCUGAGGACAUUAUCAAGGGAGGGAUGGCCGGGGAUAUCAUGGAGGCCCACGUCUGCUGUAUCCGCUCCGGAAGAUUAGUCAUCAUCCUCCCUUGCCCGGUUCCCGCGAGCGAGCCUUUCAUGAUCCCGGAUCUCCGUGAUGAUAUUCGUGACCAGUUGAGCGCAACAUUUGCAAUGGAGAUCAGUGUGGAGCAUGAUAAACGAACGGGAACAAGUCAAGUAGUCUCUGCAGCCACCGUUACGCCAGAAAACAUUGAGAAGAGAGGUUUAAAGGUGUUCGAUGACGGACGCAAAUCGAUUUACGCUUUAAACCCUGACGGAGAGUCAGAUUACCCUUGGGUCAAUAGUGAAAUGACAUCCCAACAAGCAGAAGAGCUUCUACGACAGGCAACAGAUGAGACUAGUUGUUCAGGCCUUGACGAAAAACACAUGAACAGUUCUACAAACAGUCUCGUCACAGUCAAAGUCAGUUCUGAAGAGAAACUGAAACCUCUGCAGCUUAUUUGUAAAGACAUAAAUGGCAGUAAGUCUUCAGAGAAUUUUGACUCUUCAAACAUUGUCAACGAUCAAAAAGGACGGCUGGAAUCUUCACCUGUCACAAUGAUUUUCAUGGGCUAUGAAAAUGCUUUGGAUGAGGACGAUGUCGACUUCCAAGCAGAACUGGUGACCGUAGGAUGCAGCGAUGAUGAGGAAGAAUUUGAUUACGAUGAAACGACAAACGAUGAGGAAUGCCUUUCAUACCACCCAGAAGGAUACAAGAGCAAAGUGUUUCAACCUGAAAAUGCCGACACGACAUGGAAUCAUUUAGGGCUCCUUAGGCCAACAUUUGUUCACAAACGAGUGGAAAUGCCGCACGGGAGCCGCACUAGGGCCACGGCCUUUCCCCGCCAAUCGGGGGGAGAUGCAAGCCAGCGCAGCCCAUCCCACAAGCCGUCCUCGUAG